CAAACACGGUACGCAGCAGCACCGCCGUAUUAUUUCCCUUGUUAUUGCUUCUUGAAUUCCCUCGUAAUCGUAACGCCUUCAAUCCGAAAAACCCACCUCGGAUCUCAUUUGUAACCCAAGAUUUCUCUCUCCUAAACUCCGCAUAGAGAGAAAAUAAACAAUUGUAAAUAAACUGCAAGAGAGAGAGAGAGAGAAGAAAAAGAGAUGGGUUGCAGAAACAGAGAGUUUCUUGGGCAAGAAAGUAGCGCCGCCCCUUCCCUACUGUUUACAACCAUGUGCAUCAUUGGCCUCCCAGUCGAUGUUCAUGUCAAAGACGGUUCGAUUUAUUCUGGAAUCUUCCACACUGCCUGCGUAGAGAAUGACUACGGUAUUGUUUUGAAGAAAGCAAGGAUGACUAAGAAGGGGGAUUGCGAUGCUAAUGUAGCUAUUGGCGAUCUGAUAGAAACGCUCGUUGUUGUAUCAGAAGAUCUAGUCCAAGUGGUUGCCAAGGGAAUUUCUCUUCCAGCAAAUGGUGUGUCUUGCAACGUCCCCAGCAAUCGUGUAGGGGAUGUUGUGGACUCUAUUCCUUUCUCUGAAUGUGCAGAUAGAGGGGUGAAAGUCAAAAAGUCUAAGAAGACCGGAACAGACAGAAUGCAAACUAGUCGGACAAGACAGGUUGGAGAUGGCAGAGCACAAGGAAAACGGUUUUAUUACAAAGGGAAGCCCGACCUUGAGAAGACAAAUGAAGUUCUGGACUCAGGUUUAAGCUGCGAGUUGAAUGGUCCUCCAGAUAAUGUGGAUGCUUGCUCCACACAGUCAAAGGUUGAUCAAAUGCAUCAAGAUAUGGCAUCCAAGCUUCUACCAAAUGGUGCACUUUCUGAUCGCCCUGCUCCUCCUGUGAUCAAAAUGAGUGAUCAAGGUAAAGAAAGGCAUGCUUCGGAAGACAGUUUACGUUCAAAUGCAAAUUCUUUAGGUGUUUCGACAUCUGGCACUUCAUUUGUGGAGGGUACCACGGAAUCCUUUGUCAGUUCAUCAUCAACUCCAACUGAAAUGGUCCAUCCGAAAAGUUCAAUCUCAACUGCUAAGGCAUCUAAGCUCAACCCUGGGGCAGAGGUGUUUUGCCCAUCGUCUGUGAAUCAUAGAUCAGUGACUCCUCCAGCAGCGCCAGCAGCCGCAAGUGUGGCUUACAUUCCAGACAACUUCCCUGUGGUACCCAUUGCUAGUGCCCAGCCUGAAAUUGAAAUCAGCCCUUAUGUGCCUCGAUCAUCUCUGCCUGCCAAGCUUGCACCGUAUGGUAACUUGAUGGCUGGAAAUGGCUUCAGUGAUUCUCAAUAUUCUCAAUCGAUAAUUGGGCAUGUGGGGAGCAGGACACAGCCAGCCCGAUAUGUUACUCAGCAUCACUCUAUCCAAGCAGGGCCUGCCUAUAUGCAGCCGAACUCCCAAAAUGUUAUGGUUGGAAGAUUGGGAGGGCAGCUUGUUUACAUGCAUCCAGUUACUCAUGAUGUGAAUCAGGGAAUGGCGGUUUUCUCUCAAGUAGCUACCCGUCCUUUGCUGACUCAACAUCAAGGACAUCUUCUGAAGCACCAAGGAAGUGCAGCCGCUCAAACAUUGCAGUUGUCUGUCACCCCUCCUUAUAUUACAGGCGUGCAGCAACAAUAUGCAGUGCAAAGCCACAUUCCCGUUCCGCAGCCUCCCUUCCCUGUUAUUCGGCCCAUUCCAGUCCCCGGAUCUACUGGUUUCUUCAGUGCCAAGUUUCAGUAAAUAUGUUCUCUUUUAUGGUCGCCUCAGCUGGAAAUUUUUUCAGUUCUCCAAAAAUUUUGACUAUAGUUAGCUCAAUUGAAAACAUCGAUGAGAUGGGUUAGUCUUCAAAAGUUGUGGGGUUAUUCUUUAUGUAAAAUUGAAUUGUGGACCUAUUCCAAUUUUAUCAAGUUUCAGAGCUUAAGGUUUUCUGGGUCGAAGAGCUCGGGUUUCAAUGGCAAGCGUAAUGACAAAACACUUGGCAUUACAGUGACACUGUUGGCCUCAUGGAUACGGUGAGAGAUGGUAAUGUUUUGGCCAUGGUAUGCCUUAUUUUUUGCCCACCAUUUGUGGAAAGAAUGACUGAUUAUUUUUUAACGUACAAACUGGAGAUUAGUUGAGAAUGUUAAAAGAGUUCUCCUA